GUGUGUGGGAUGCGGGCGGCGCGGGGAGCCAUGGCCAACUUCCGUCUGGCUCUUAUUCAGCUUCAUGUAUCUACUGUUAAAUCAGAUAACCUUCAACGAGCCUGUGGACUGGUGAGAGAAGCUUCAGCUAAAGGAGCAAAAGUUGUGGCUCUACCUGAAUGCUUUAAUUCCCCAUACGGAACCCAAUACUUUAAGGAGUAUGCGGAGAAGAUCCCUGGUGAGACAACCCAAAAGCUCUCAGAAACUGCAAAGGAGUGCAGCAUAUAUCUCGUUGGAGGAUCCAUUCCAGAAGAGGAUGGUGGAAAGCUGUACAAUACGUGUACUGUCUUUGGGCCUGAUGGUGCUAUGCUGGCAAAGCAUAGGAAGGUUCAUUUGUUUGACAUUAAUAUUCCUGGGAAGAUACAGUUCAAAGAGUCUGAAACACUGAGUCCAGGGAAUAGUUUGUCCAUGUUUGAUACUCCAUACUGUAAAAUGGGCCUGGGCAUCUGCUAUGAUAUCCGAUUUGCUGAGAUGGCUCAAAUCUAUGGACAGAAAGGUUGCCAGAUGCUGAUAUAUCCAGGGGCUUUCAAUUUGACAACAGGACCAGCUCAUUGGGAACUGCUACAGAGGGGAAGAGCUGUCGAUAAUCAAGUGUAUGUAGCUACCGUAUCUCCUGCUCGAGACGAAAAAGCAUCCUAUGUUGCCUGGGGACACAGCACUGUAGUAAAUCCAUGGGGUGAAGUCAUAGCCAAAGCUGGGGCUGAGGAAACGGUUGUAUACACAGAGAUAGAUCUGAAGAAACUUGCAGAAAUACGUCAACAAAUUCCUAUUUUAAGCCAGAAGCGUUGUGAUGUCUACGGCAUAGAGAUGAAAAAGUGAAGCUGACUGAAUAGAGAAGGUUCAGUGGGCACAACGGCUGCUGCUUUCACCUUCGGAAGGAUUUCAUUACUAGUUGCUCCACAAUCUACUGCUAAAUGUUCCAGUUAAAAAGCCUUGGUUUUGUAAUUCUAAAAUUGAUUCUAAUAGAACUGCCAUAUCUCCUGUCAUAUUUUAGUAUUUUAUAGUGUUUUACAGCUGGGAUGAAGAUGAAGGUGAAAUCAGUUCGACACAGUAGAAGUUAACAUUACUUUUUGUGCAUCAUUUUGCAGUAGUUACUUUUGGGGCUUUUUUUUUUUGUGAAACAUAGAAGUGGGAACCCUGUUCUCUCUGGAUCGUCUGAGGCCAACUUUGCUAUUAUGAUUUUUUCAGUGAAUUAUCAGAUAAUCUAGAAGUGUGAUUCUUCCACCUCUGUCCUCCUUCACUAUAUGUGCCUUAAGGUUCUUGGAAUGCACAGCAUCUAACUUGUAAAACUUCAGUUUUAACACACUACGCAAAAAGGCCAAAUCCUGCUCUGUACUACAUAGAGCUAAUGCAAGAACUUGCCAGAAGGAACUCCUCUAGAAGAAUCUGUAACAGGUUUUGGCUCAUGUGUCUUGCCUGGAAUAUAUGUAUUAAAUCCUCAUUGCAAUUCCUGCUUAGUGCUAAAGUGAUGCUGGUUAGUGUUUUGUUAAAGGAAUUCCUGUGUCGCUGCUCCUUUGCUCUACAUACUGCUUCCUUAAAUAGAAUGUCAGAAUGCGCUUUAUUUCUACUGGCCCUGAAAAGGGUGAGGGGUGUCAAUCAUGGCGAUUAGAAAACUCAUUGUGCUGAUGAAGUCUUUCUGCCCACAGUCUUCUAGAAGACAGGUGCUGGAAUUGCUCAACAUUUAAAUAUGUUAUUGCUCCCAAAGGCUGCCUCCCAUCAGUUGCAUGGGCAGCCCUUACUUGCCUGAGCUUGCUCAGGAGCCUGGCAGACUGAUCGUCAGAGCUGGCGACACAAUGCUAGCCUGGUUUUAAGUUUUUUUAAGUUUUGAAUUGUGUGAUUUCUUUUUGGUUUUUUUCUUUGAGGGAAAACACGUUGGUAAUUCUGAUAUAAAAAGAGAAGAAUUUGCAGAAGGCAUCUAUUUUUUUUUUCCUCUGUGGGAUGAGGGAAAAAAACCCAGCAACUUUAACUGUCCAGCCUUUACCAUUCGGCUUUACUUUUCCAGCAGCAAAAAUGAUAAAGCAAUAAGGCUUAAGGAGAUUUCCAAAUACCAGACCAGGAGGAGGAAGAAAAGUUUUUGUCUUGCUGUGGUGACCCACCAGUUUCCUACACAACCACCUUACCAUUUUGUUUGUGUUCAGCCCUCCUCUUUCCACAGCUGCUCUCUGGACUUAUUUUUCCCCCCAAAAAAUGUUCUUUUGGCUUCUCUGGAAUGAGCAAGGUGUGUUUUAUAGAGGAGAAUCACUGGUUCAACUAAGCCAAACCCCCUCAAAAGACAUGUGACUCCAUGCCACUCCAUGGCACCAUCUAUUCCAGCAGGCAUUCUUUCACUGCAGUUUGUUGUGCAUACAGUACUAGAACCCUUAAGAAAGAAGCCACAGAACAUAAGGUGAAAUGAAGAUUUAUUCUUUGUUGAAAAAUAAAUAUAAAAAAAUGUAACAAUUUAC